AUGACUACGUCUGGACUUAUAGAUGGAUUAGUGGAUAUAAAUCAAGAAAAUACUGAAAACAAAUACUCACAAAACAUCGAUUACUAUCAAAAAUACAUUGAUUUGUUAAAAAAAAAUGAAGAUUUAGAAACAGAAAAAGAAGACUAUAAGUUUAAUUUAACCAGAUAUCAAGACAUCCUUGAACCAGCUUACAAUAAAAACAUUAGAAAAUUAAAAGAGGAGAAGGUAGUUAUAUCCCAAGAGAAAGAUUUCUAUUUUGCUAAUUUUACUAAAUAUCAAAAAGAAAUUGAACCAAAAUACAAAGAAGAAAUCUAUACUUUGAAUCAAGAUUUGUCUAGAUAUGAAAAUAUUUUUAAAGAUUUAAAAAUAGAAUAUAACGAUAAAUUAUUUCAAUAUCAAAAAGAAGCCGAGAGACAUUACAGUGCGAUAAUCAGAGAUUUAAAAGCAGAAAAUGAAAAACUUAAUUUAGACAAAAAAAGAAUUAAUAACAACUUGGAUAAAGAUUAUCCCGACGAAAAAAUUAUUGAGCUUGAAACAGAUAUUCCUUCAUCAUAUCAAUCAGCUUUAGGUGAUGCAUUAAAUGUCCAUUUGAAUAAUUCAGUUCAACUUUCAACUGAUAUAGCUUCUCUACAGGAUAGACUUGAAAAAACGUUCACACCUUUAAAAGAUUAUUAUAAAAUUUUGGAAGUUGACAAGAAGGCCGACGAAGAAACUCUUAAAAAAGCUUAUAAAAAAUUAGGCAAAAUCCGCAGGAAUAGAUUGAUUGUGGGUGUGGAUCCAGGAUUAAGGGCAUUUCUCACUGCAGUUGAUGGUGAUGAUAAUUUAGGUUGUAAAAAUAUCGAAAAAACACAUCUUUAA